CACCGCGUAAGGAGAGAGAGAGGUUCAGAAACAUGCCCAAAUCAACACUGAAUAGGUAUCACACCCUGUGUCUUGUGAAUCUUGUUCUGAGCCUCUCAUUCACAUUCACCGUUUCUGCAAGUUCUCCUCCUCCCCAGUUCAGAGAAGCCCCAGAGUUCUACAAUUCCCCAGAAUGCCCCCAGAGCAGAGACGACGGGGAAGGAUCAAAUGUGUGCUCCGAUCUAACCAUCCACGUGGCAAUGACGCUUGACGCAGCUUACCUGAGAGGAUCCAUGGCUGCCAUUCUAUCAGUUCUCCAACACUCUUCUUGCCCUCAGAACGUAGCUUUCCAUUUCGUGGCCUCUGCCUCCGCCGACGACGGUCACCUACGCAGUACCAUAUCAAACUCCUUCCCAUACCUGAGAUUCCAAGUGUACCGCUUCGAUGAUUCCGCCGUUGCCGGCCUAAUCUCCACCUCCAUUCGUGCCGCACUUGACUGCCCACUCAACUACGCUCGUAACUACCUGGCUAAUCUCCUUCCUCUCUGCGUCCGCCGCGUCGUUUACCUUGACUCCGACCUCCUCCUCGUUGACGAUAUCGGUGAUCUCGCUGCCACUCCCCUAGGCGAUCAAGCCGUUCUCGCCGCGCCAGAGUACUGCAAUGCUAACUUCACUGCUUACUUCACUCCAACUUUCUGGUCCAACCCUGCUCUCUCCUUAACCUUCGCCGGUCGCAAGGCUUGCUAUUUUAACACCGGAGUCAUGGUUAUCGAUCUCAAGCGAUGGCGUACUGGGGACUACACCGCCAAGAUUGAGGAAUGGAUGGAACUCCAGAAGCGAAUGAGGAUUUACGAAUUGGGUUCAUUGCCUCCUUUCCUACUUGUCUUUGCCGGGAAUAUUGCUCCAGUGGAUCACCGAUGGAACCAACACGGCCUCGGUGGCGACAAUUUCAGGGGGCUUUGUAGAGAUCUACAUCCAGGUCCGGUGAGUCUGUUGCAUUGGAGCGGAAAGGGUAAGCCAUGGGCUCGACUCGAUGCCAAUCGACCUUGCCCCUUAGAUGCCUUGUGGGCUCCUUACGAUCUCUUACAAACCCCUUUCUCUCUUGAUUCAUAACUCACUCUUCUCACUCCUAUCGUCCUGCGAGAGAAACAGAGACUCAGAAAGAGUGAGUCAGAUCGAAUAUUUUCUCU